AUGAAUCAACUAGGUGACCUAUUGAACAUUGUUUUACCAGAUGUUCGCCAGGACCUGGAGAAGCUGAAUGACAGCGUGGAUGAAAGUGAAGAUUCAGAUAUGGAUGAGACAGUCUGGCACUCCAAGCAAUUGGAUCCGGAGGAAGCGGACGUCUACUUGGAUGCCUUGUGGGGGCCUUUGUUUUUCAGGUAUGAACGAAUUCGAAAGGACAAAGAUUCGGCUGCGCGCUUUUCCGACUAUCGAAUGGUGAGCCUUUUUCUGCUGCUAAACCUCGUGCUGCAGUUGGCCAUCGCAUGGAAAAUCAAUGAAGUCUCUAGCUCUACAUAUGGCAGCAUCGGAGAAGCGCUCUUCAAUGGAGCUUGCUGGAGACUGUCUUCUAACAACAAGUUCUUUGACGUGUUGUACCCGUCCGAGCUCCGGGAUUCCAACGACUUCGAUUGUUUGCAGCCGAUUCUGACCCUGUCAAUGCUCCCGAAGAAGCUGGACUUGGAUGGAAAUGGCUUUUGGUCUACAGAUGAAGCCAAUGCAAUUCGAGAUCAACUGGAGAAGCACGGGAGCAAGAUGGCCAAGCCGAUUCCAGAGAUCUUGGAGCGAAUGGCCAAGUACGACUUCGAGAAUCGCAUUGGCUCUAAGAGCCGGAGCCAGGAUCAGGACGAUGUCAGUUUGGACAUGAAGUUUUUUGAGCAUUUUCGAGGCAAGAUUGAGAUGUGCCUGCCCAUAGAUCCAAAUCUUUGCGGCAAUCUAGAAGUCCGAGGAAAGCUGAAAACAAUGCUACCUGAAGACUUGAAGCAUGCACAAGAUCGAGUUGCGGCCUGUCGCGAGAACUUUGAAAAGUUCUGCAUGAAAAUGUUUGGAGAAAAUUAUCAGUGGAUUCACUAUGUCACCUCUGAAGUUUGUGGCGACUCAACAUUUUCACGCGAAAAAGGGGCCAACAAGGUCACCUACAGUGCAGUAACCACCUACAAAGGCGAGUCGGAUUCAAUCCUGGGCACCACCUUUGUGUCAUUUCUGGUGCUGCUGCUCUUUAUUUGGGGCAUGCUGAUGAUUGUGGAAUUGCGCAGCACUUUCAACUUCUUGUACGUGGUGUGGUACACUCCAUCCACGCAGAAUUCCGAUCCAACUUUUGCCAGCUUCGACCAAAAGAUGGAGGUGAACAGCUUUCCCAUCAGCCACAAGAUCUUCGCUGUGCUCUGCAUUGGGAUUCCCAGAGGUGUCAUCGCAGUGGUUGUCCUGGUUGUUGGUGCCAGAUUCCUAUCUGCUACCAACAAUCUGCAAGACCUUGUCUUGAAUACAACAGCUUUGUGUUUCCUGAUUGAAGUGGACAAUAUUAUUCACGCAUCAUUUCUGGGCGAAAGCUUUGAGAAACGCGUGACGCAUCGCUGCGAAGUGAUCACAGUUUCAGCCUCAGCACAAGGGACCUGGCAGCCCUAUGUCUUCUUUGCAGUGGUUUUGCUGACAACUGCAGCCUGGACAGGCUGGGUGUACUUCAACGAGAUGGGCUUGCAGUCGAUUGGCGAUGGAUUGGAAUGUUUAUGCCAAUUCGACGGCCAGUAUUGCUUCGGGAAAAAGCUUGUCAACUGAUGCUCCAUAUGAUUCAUUCAGAUUGGGAGUUAUUUGGUACUCCAAGACAUGCGACUAUUGUCAUGAUUAUAAUUUCUUUGUAGAUGAAC